AUGAGUACUCUCAGCCAACUCAGGACAUGCCUUGGGCCUCACAUUGCUCGAAGUACCGUUAAUAUAUUCACAAGCCCAAGGCUUCUUCUUCGUCUCGGCCAUCGAAGCAUCCAAGUUAGAAACGCAAAUAUCGGUAAACGAGUGGUUCGCAAUCCCGGAAAGUCUCCCGACCAUGGUCACAUUCUCCGCUACAAUAUCCCUAAAAUUGAUAUUAUGCACUAUAGGAAACGCGUUCGGGUCGUAUUUAUCGUCCGCGUGCUGACCGUACGCGUCAGUCAUCCACAAAACGUACUUCAUCGUUUUCAAAUACAUGUCCCGAACAAAUAUCUGCUCCACGUAGCCUCCGCGCCCGGGGGAUGUUUUUAUACGCACGGCCGACUCGGUGUUGAAGGCGUAGAUGUAGUUGGCUCGGACGUCUUUGAUUCCGCCCGACAUCUCGCUGCCGAGGGCAAUGGCGGCCGAGUAGGGAGAAUUGCAGGUGACCCUCUGGAUGCUGAGGCCCUCGGUUGGCCUCCCGAAUUUGAUUCCUUUUACACAGUUGAAUAUAUACCUUUUUCUAAAACUAGAUGA